AUGGGGUAUUACAACACCUCUAUUCCUCCUGUGAUUUUGAGGAACAUUAUGGAAAAAAACCUUGGUUGGUACACCCAAUACACUCCCUAUCAGGCUGAAAUUGCACAGGGAAGGCUCGAAUCCCUGCUCAAUUUCCAAACGAUGGUAACGGAUCUUACUGGUUUACCCAUGUCAAAUGCUUCAUUACUCGAUGAAGGAACAACGGCUGUAGAAGCCAUGGCGAUGUGCAAUAACAUCUGGAAGAAUAAGAAGAAAACAUUCAUCAUCGCAAGCAAUUGA